AUGAUUUUGUGUUGCAAGUGUGGAAUACUUAUUGAGCCAAGACUGAUGAACAUGUGUGACAGAUGUCUUGUUACCGAAGUUACAAUAUCUGCCAAGGUGAAGAGGAGUCUGUCUGUGGAGAGAUGCAGAGGGUGCGAGCGAUAUCUUCAGCCUCCGAAAAACUGGGUAGAACUGUCUUGGGGGUCAAAGGAGUUUCUGCUGUUCUUAAUAAAGAAGAACAAGACACUCAACGGGCUUUGCAUUGUCGAUUCGAAUUUCAUCUACACGGAGCCCAACUCAAAGAGGAUUAUGGUAGGGCUCACUGUCCGAGAAUGCGGGGUAGAGCAGCCUUUGGAAAUGAAGUAUGUCAUUAGGAACAUGCAGUGCCCUGAUUGUGCAAAGGUGGAAGCAAAGCAAUUCUGGAAUAGUAUUGUCCAGGUAAGGCACAAGAGCAGGCACAAAAGGAUGAUGAUAUACCUAGAGCAUCUCGUUUUGAAGAAUAAUGCAUACAAAGACACUAGUAACAUAAAGCAAAGGAAGGAAGGACUAGACUUCUACUACAUUGAUAGAAAUGCGGCAAUAAGGAUGGUGAACUUUCUACAGAGUGUUCUUCCUGUUAGAACAAAGGUAUCCGAGAGAUUGAUAAGCAAGGAUGUCCAUACUAGCAAGUGUAACUAUAAGUUCAGCCACUCUGUUGAGAUUGCUUCAUUGUGCAAGGAUGAUCUGGUUGUUGUUGGACCGAAGAUUAGGCAGAGUCUUGGAGUUGGAAGUCUUGUGAUUGUCCAAAAGAUAGCCACGAGCAUUGUUCUCUUUGAUGUGAGCUCGAUGAAAAGCGUGAAGAUUGCAGGAUCGUUUUACUGGAGCAACCAUGACGAAUUCAAAAUACUCAUGAGCUCAAGUGACUUCACAAGGUAUACUGUUAUAAUGAAGAAUAAUAGAAGAAUGGAGGGAGCGGGAUAUGAUCUUACCGUGACGUCAGACCAUAACGAGUUUUCUGAGGCCCGGUUCCAUCUCGGAAAUGUAGAAGAAGACGAUGAGGUGCUUGGGUAUGAUCUUCGUCACCUGAACUUAACUGUUGAGUGCGAGGACAAGCCCGAGGUAGUUCUUGUACGGAAGAUGCCAAAGAGUGAUGUUGUGUGGAAGAUAGAUGUGAGUGAUGAGAACAAGAUGGAAUAUAGACUAUUUGUUGAGGAUGUCGAGAAUGACAAGGAAAUGAUUGAGGGGCUUUGCACUUUCAAGGGGGAGGAGGAAGGCAUCAGUAAGGAGAUGAAGGCAUUCAAGAUCUAA